GUAAGAUGACACAUCUCGAUUUUUAUGAUUUCUAUGAUCGUGGACCCAAGACUGAAGAGGACGCGACUUAUAGUAGUAGGACCAAAAGGUUCAUUUCGAUUGUGAAUUCUUCCAGGAUCGCGUUUCGUGUUUCGUUGUUUUCUUUAAGUCUGCCUUGCACUACUUAUCAGUUUGAAGGGGUGGGUUUCAGAGAAAGGCCCCCUUAGUGCUAUCAUAGAAGAAAAUCUUUAUAUCUGUACAGUGACCAUAUUCUACGAAGCUGUUACUACUGAGAUGGCGCUUACAUUGAGCAGAACUUUAAAAGAAAGGGGCAAUAAGCUGUACCGUUUAUCAUCUGGUGUCCUUGAACAAAUGUCAACAUGGAAACGGUCAUCCUGUGAUGCCUACAUAUUCCUCCUGGGUAAAGGAGAGAUUUUAGUCAAACAUGCAUCUGUGAACUACUUAAGGGCUGUUCCUUACCGACAGGGAUACAGGCCACCUCUCUUUUGGAACUAUGAUGCUUAUUACAUCAUUGCCUUGAUAGACCCUUCCUCACUUAAUCCCAAUGAUUUAAUUGGCCUCUACAACUUCAGAAAAACCCAAAACAUGUUGAUAUUACAACCGAUGAAACAACACGUCCUCAUUUGGACACACAGUCUCAUCUCUAAGAUUCCGGUACUGGAAUUUCUCGAUUCUUGGGUGAAUGGCGCAUUUCUUAAUAGGAACCAACUUUUCACCAAGAAAUUUGAUGAUUUCCGGCGCAUGCCCCUUCGUGUGGCAACGUUUGAGUUUGCACCAAGUGUUGUUUAUGCCAGAGAUGAAAAUGGCCAUGUUGUAAGCAGGCUAGGUGUAGAUAUGGAGAUCAUUCAAGGUCUUGCAGUCAUCAAGAACUUUACUGUGGAGUUUGUAGAAGUUAGCUACGAGGAGAAGUGGGGGACAAAAUAUCCCAAUGGAUCUUGGGAUGGCAUGAUGCGAGAGGUCUAUGAUGAAACGUCCGACAUUGGCAUUUGCAAUGUGUUUAUUGAUGACUUCCGGUGGACUGAGACUGACUAUUCUUACCCUUACAACUUCAUGCCGGGAUGCUUCGUGACCCCUACGCCCAAGCCUUUGUCCAACUGGCAGUCCCCAUUGCUACCAUUUUCUUGGAACACUUGGGUCUCCAUAGGAAUUUCUCUUCUAAUAGGAGGACCCUUACUUUACUUUAUGUCAGUCCUAUACAAGGCUCCUGGGCCAAGAGAAUUCAGAAGCCUCUCUUAUAGCUAUCUUUACUUCAUGGCAGCACUUACUACCCGUCCCCUUGACGCAGUUCCUGCUAGCUUACCUACGAGAAUUUAUAUGGGAUUUAUCUGGAUAUACUGCCUAAUCAUUACUACAGGCUAUUCAGCUAACCUGACAGCAUUUUUGUUGGUUACACAGAAGGCACCUCCUAUAGACACACUAGAUCAACUCAUCAAGAGUGGCCUGAAACUUGGUGGGCACUCUUUUUGGAAAACUCAAUUUGAAAUCUCUACAGAUCCAACAGUUCUAAAAUUAGCAUCUUUGCUCGAGACGAAUAUCGAUUACCUUGAAGUUUUCAAAGCUGUAGAAGCUGGGACAUUCGCCUUUGUCGAAAACAAACAGUACCUGGAACUGAACCGGGAUGCUCGUUUCACGUACGGGGACCGACCAACAAUAAGGAUUGCCCGUGAGUGUUAUCUCUCCUACAACAUAGCGCUGAUUCUGCCGAGGAACUCCCCCUUAACAGACAACCUCACCAACGCGCUCUUGAGAAUUUUCGAGUCUGGCAUGAUGACAAAAUGGCAGGCUGAGGUCACCAAACACUUCAGGGAGAAGUAUUCUGCUGAAAGAUCGAAGGCUAGUACUGAAGCCCUUGACGUAAACCAAGCCCUGAAUCUCGGCCACGUCCAGGGAGUAUUUUAUAUAAUGGGACUUGGCUAUGUCGUGGCCAUGGUACUUUUUGUCUAUGAAAGGCUGUCAAAAAAAUAAAUUAAUAAGAACACCAAGGUUAGAAUUACCUGUGCAUCAUGUAGUGAGAGGUGAGGAAUAUGCACAUAUUUGAAGACAUUUCUUUUUAAGAAAGUGUUGAUACUAAUAAUAACACCAUUAUAAUAAAAUAAUGUAUUGAAAAUUAUGAAGGUAACGUUUGUAUGAACUGCAGUUGACAUCAUUAUCAUUGUCCACUUUGCAACGGAUUAAUAAAUACCUUACACAGUGAACAUAGAUAUACUUUGUAGAGAUUUGUUGUUGAAUAUAGGAACAGUAUAAUUCUGUACAUACUGCUUCCACAUGAUUGUGGAACUCUCAUAUAUUUAUCAAGUUCUCUGGU